AUGGGUGAAUCUACGACGGAAUAUACACCAGACACCACGCCUAUAUAUGAUUGCGUGGUCAUCGGUGCCGGAUACUCCGGUCUCGCGGCUGCACGACUCCUGAAGGAUGCUGGAAAGAAGGUCCUUUUACUCGAGGCGCGCGAUCGCGUUGGUGGACGCGCAAAGACAAUACCGCUCGACAAUGGCGACUACUGGGAUGUCGGGGCCUCUUUCGUCGGUCACAAGCAAGAUCUCAUGCACGCUCUGGCAAAGGAGUUCGAUGUGCCAUUAUUCAAGCCAUCCAGCCAGGGAAAAAUCGUCCUGGCCUAUCGGGGCAAGGCGCGAAGCUAUGCGGGCCUGAUUCCGCCGAUGAGGCCGUGGGAGGUUCUGGAUACGGGUCUGUUCGUCCGCCGAUUCGAAAAACUGUGUGAGACGGUCAACAUGGAAGAACCGUGGCAGACACCGAACGCGGCAGAGCUUGACCGCAUGACGGUGCAUGAAUGGUUGAAGAAGCAGGCUUGGACACAAGCUACCAUUGAUCUGGGCAACUUGGCGUUCGAAGGAACGAUCGGGCAGAAUACGUCUUGCAUCUCGAUGCUUCACGCCAUGUUCUUUUUCAAGGGCGUGGUCAGUCUCACGUCAGGCUUGAGCUGCGAAAAUGGAGCGCAGCAACAUUUCAUACAAGGGGGAGGCCAAGCCAUUGCCGAGAAGCUGAGAGAGCACCUGGGAGACGGAGGCAUUCGCUUUGAGGAACCGGUUUGCGGCAUCACAUACACCGAGAGUCUUGCGACCAUCCGGACGUCUAGAGGAACAUACCGCUCACGACGAAUCAUCUCCGCCAUCCCGCCACCGCAUAUUCUCAAGAUCGACUUCGAGCCAAGGUUACCGGUAGAAAAGACCACACUGCUCCAGCACAUGCCGAUGGGAGCCUACAUGAAAGUCUACGCAACCUACAAAACCCCCUUUUGGAGGGAACGAGGCCUGACGGGAGAGAGCACGAACCCGACCGGCUUCCUCAGCGUGACCUACGACGCGACGUCGCAGUCCGGGGGCCCGGCCAAGCUCACAGGCUUCAUCGUCGGCACGAAGGCGCGAGAGUUCAUCAGCUUCAGCAAGGACCAGAAACGGGCCGUCGCCCUCGCUGGUUUUGCAUCCGCGUUCGGUCCGGAGUCGCUCGACCCGGAAGAGUUCUUCUUCCACACCAUGAUGGAGGAGGAGUGGGCUCUCGGGUGCCCGAUGGCGACGCCGGCGCCGGGGAUGUGGACGCUGCUGGGGGAGUGGGUUCGGAAACCGGUUGGGGCUAUUCAUUGGGCUGGCACGGAGACCUCGACGAAGCAUUAUGGGUACAUGGAGGGCGCGGUAUUUGCGGGUCAGAGGGCUGCCAGAGAGGUUUUGGAGGAGCUCAAGUGGAAGAUCUGA